UCUACAUAUCCAUCAAUGUCGACUCAACGAGAUGUUGGAAAUCACUCAUCAGAGUCUUAUCACUGGACGAACAUGUAUCUAUGGAGGCUUUCGUCCCAUUCGAGAAUUGAUCUUCGGUUUACAGAUCAUUACAUCCAUCACCUGCAUUAUCAGUGGAGAUCAGGAUCGUCCUAUGAGGUCGGUCGAAUACUAGGCAAUGGGAAAGUUAUCGGAAAACUCCAAACAUCGUGGGAUGAGCUGCUCGAUCAUGGAGAUGUGCCUUUCAAACUAUCCUUCCCAUGCAUUCGUGGUGUCCACCCUUCCCUCACGCUAAAGGCUAUUGUUGUGCUUGCGACGACAAUCAAAUCCAUCGUAGACUACGAGAUUGCUCGAGACAUGGAUGCGGGCCACGCACGAUUUGCCACAUACAUGGCAAGCAAGACGGUCUCUCACCUGAACGAUGCUGUAGAGCAUUUUCAGGUGGUCAUGGACCAGUGUCCGGUCGGCGAUCCUGACCACGCAGCGGCUCUUACCAUGAAAUCCGCAAUCUUGAAGGGGGCAGUCAUCAUCCUCAUUUCCAGUAAGAAAUUUUGCAGUGUCAUCGUUGUCCCGACAUCAGGAGGGCCCCAUCACGUUCGCUUCCCGCACAUCACUCUUGCGGACCUGGAGAAGCCCAAGAAUGACUUCACUAGGGCGAUACAGCAAGCAUCUAUGAUGGGCCCAAAGGAGUCGAGGACAGAUCUAAUAGUAUUUUUGUGCAUAGUAUGGGGCGAGAUCAUGCUACCCAUCGUCAACGUACUCCAGGGUGAUCUCAAAUUACAGUACCGUUCUCGAAUGUGGCUGUGUCUAAAUGCAGCUUUCACAUCUAUUCCUCUCCACGCAGCCCACCCCUUUCGAACGAACCCAGAUGGGCGUGGGCAGGAACUAUAUCUGGAGGACAUCUACAUCUGUUCUUACACGCCGACACUUUCUGCUCUGAUCAGAGCCAGGUGCCAGGCAAGGCAAGGCAAGGCGCUCUUGAAUAUUAACAGCGAGCUUGAGCUUGUCUGUAAGCUCGUCCCCUCGACGGCCAACCCCAUCACUCUCCCUGGCGACGACGCCACGCGAGCAGGUGCACUCGAAGCUUUGCAACGCAACACAUGGAUGCACCUCGCUUGUCAUGGAAAGCAGGACCGCGAGCUGCCUUACAACUCACGUUUCGCCAUGAGAGACAAACCCCUCACGCUACUUUGA